UUGAUGGCUGAGUUAGUUCACGGUUGAACGUACUCUCUCCGUCUGAUAUGUACUUACCUUCCAUUUGGCGGAAAAUAAUGUUUAAGUACUAUUCCACGGUGUUUCUUUACAGAGGUCGUUAAUCCCCGCGCGCGCAACUCGCUCGCGCUUCCAAAGGCGAUAGAGAUAUCAUGCCGCGGCUGCAGGUACGCGGCUCGCAAAAUCGCGGGCCUCUUCGAAGCUGGUGGUGCAGCAACGACAGCAGCAACAGCAGUCGGAGCUCAUCUGCACCGGGAGAUUUUCUUGCCCGGCGCGGACGAGGAGUCGGGAAUACAGAGGAGAGUCGAUUGGCACCGAUUUGAGAGGACCAACGUGGUCAUGGAACUGGGUACGGGACUACUCGGCCUCGACUGUUGAUACCACGGCAACGAAGACGACGAGGACGAGGACGAGGGCAACGCGUCAUCGGUACCGAGAGGCGAAAAGAACCCGAGCCUAGAAAAGAGGGGCGCGAGGAAGUGGAGACCGAGGAGCGGGGGGAGGAGGAGGAGGAGGAUCGGGACAUCGCGGUCGAUGGCGCAAUGAGCGGGGCCCCUACGAGGGGCCCGACGGCCCAGCGUCCGCGACGCCCGCACCACAAACGUCACCGCAGAGCCCCGGACCCAACGGAGCCACCGGACCCCGACGAGCCGGAGGAGAAGCGGCCCAAGGUGAACCCGAUAUUCCUCUGGGCGUCGCAGCGGGAACAGAGGAUAGUCGAGGUCCGGUGCGAGGACUACGACAAACGGAACAGGAUAAAGCUGACGAAAACGGCUCAAGGCUGGCGCUCGAUACCCCGGACUACCGUCAUUCCAACGAUCAUACCGUCGACCAGCGGGACCAGUGGGACUGCUGCCGCUAAUUCGACGGAGGAUACGAGCUACCGAAAUGGCGACGACGACAACAACAAUCCGAGGCACCGCCAUCAUCACCGGGGACAUCGACAUCACCACCAUCACCACCAUCGUCGCAAGUCGCGAGAACGAACGACGACCGAAGACGAGGAAGUCCUGCGUCGACGGCACCUUCUGCUUCAGCCACGAGUUGUUCUCCAGCAGCUUCGACUUCCUCAGGUUACCGCCGCCUCGGCUGACCAGGAAGAUCCCCGAAGGGAACAUAUGCUUGGAUUGCUUGAUGCCACCGCCGCAUCUCCGGCCAUCGCAGCCAUGGCUGCUGACACUCCAAUCGCCGAUCUACCCGACUCUCCGAACCAUCCUCACGACGAGCCGGUCCAAGAAGUGGUCAGUGCACCGUUACCCUCACCGUCACCUUCUGCGGAGACAAACGAUUCUCAGCAUCGACGGCGACCCGCGCGAUCGCAGAGCGAAGAUCCGAGGAUGGAAAAAAGCGGUGAUACCAGCUGGUCGAGGAGCAGCCUUGGCUCUCCGUCGAGGAUACUAAACGCUCUAAGGAACACGCCUGGACUGUCGGUCUCGAUCGCAGGAAGCCCGGCGAGUUCUGACAAGACUGGAAAUUUGCCUUCACCGGGCUCCCCGGGGCACCGAAAACCCGGAAGACCACCCCCCGGAUUAUUGGUAGCAAUGCCGGUGGGUAAUGGCGAGGGAAAACCGCCACAUAACGUUCCAAUACUGAUGUCCGGUCUGUCCAUCAGCAUUCCAAGCUACCGUUACCGGCCUCGAAGCAGAGGAACGACGCCCUGCGUGAGAAAACUCGAUCCCGAUUCCCCCUGCGCCGGAUACAACCCGAAGGUCGAGCCACCGGAAGACUUCGACGAUUCAAGGUCACAGGGUACCGUCGUCCAGGCCUCUCCGCAGCCUAGUGGAAUACCUUGUUCACCUGCCGCUGGUGGACGGCCAGCCUCGGCGUACUUGGAACGGCUGCUACCCAGUCCACCGUGUUCGGUAUCGUGUUCGGAGGACGCGCGUAACGACCUCACCCUGAAGGGUAUACUCGCGUCGCCGAGUCAGCACCAUCGGCAGACCUCUACGUCCCAUCCGCACCUCCAGACGGAGACAAACAACAAUAAUAAUAAUAACGAGUACGGUCCCGCUUCCUUGGAACUCGAUUCACCCGGUGAUCCGGCCUCUGAGCUCCGCGAACUCCUCAGGGUCUCCGGUCACCUCAUACCCGACCCGCUCCUCGUCCCCAGGGACCUUCUUCCGGCGCUCGCCGCCGCACCGGCGAACGAAAUUCCGAGACUACUAGCCUCCCGACCGGAACUCAGGCUCCCGCAGGCUUUAACCAGGCCGGAACUACUCAGGGACCCGGAUCUGUUGGUCAUUUCUCUCGCCCAUCUUCAGCACGUCCUCGACUACGGCGAGGGACCGGUACCGGCUGAUAGACGAGACGACCAAGCAAGGCCGAAACUCACCUGCAAGCCGAUCGGCACCCUCAUGCCAGCCCCCAUAGAUCUUUCGGCGAAUCGUCCGAGGCAUACGACCAACGGUGGGUCAUAUCCGCUGCUCAGGGUCCGGACUACCGGGCUACUGAAACAGGAAUCGGAGGUCACCUCAACCGCCGCGUCGCCCGAGGACUCGCAAUUUUGGCAUCCUUUAUUUAGCAGUCAAAAAAGGCACCUGCAUCACCUGCACCAGCAUCACUAUCACUACGAGCAGCCACAGCAACAGCAACAGCAGCAGCAGCGUCAGGUUUAUAUUCAACAAGCCCAGAAUCAGCAACAACAGCAUCAGCAGCCAAUGCAGCAGCAACAGCAACAGCAACAGCAGCAGCCACAGCCACAGCCACAGCAGCAGAAUCAUGGAUCGUGGCACAGAGCCACGAUAGCGUCAUGACCGAGAUCCAAUUCGGAUAUCUUUAACCAGCUGCACCAGGGAAGCACUGAGUGCGGAAAUCAGCGUCACCCCUAAGCCGGUUGUGCCGGACGAUUUUACCUCGGCGAAGAUGAAAUUGCACGCAUUUAUUUUACACGUGUUGUAAAAAUAUAUAUCGUCUGCAAUAACCGUGUCACGGUCAAAAGUAUAUGUAUGUAUGUAUGUAUAUAUACAUACAUACAUACACACAAUAUAGACACACGUAAUUUAUGUGAUCCGCACACGUGCGCAGACAUUGUUUAAUGUUUGACGAACGUUGCGGUCACCUCCAUGUUUGCACUUAACAUACGUGUACACAUGCGUUUACUAAUUGUACGCGUUUAACGCGCGUUCGUAACUUGUAUUGCUGCAUCCGUGGUGCCGUUGUGCGCUUGAACCUAGAUAUGUCUAUGUAUGAUUAGUUUUAAAUACGUAAUACCUUGGCUGAUGAAUGCGCCGCGUGCAACGCGGCCUCCAUAGCUGUUAUUACAGCUAACGCUAAACCUGUGAAAAUUAUUAUUUAUUAUAUGAAAAUGUUGUAAAUAAUGGCUAUACAAGCUGCUGCUGCUGCUAACUACUACCAUUAUUGCUAUAGAUAUAAUAUUACUGUAAUCAUUACUAUAACGUACAAGAAUCAUGCUACCCCCUUUGACGAGAUCAAGUGCGAUCGCUAAACGCAUCUGCAUAUGUAUAUGUAUAUUUACUUAUACCAUACAUAUAAAUACAAUACUACUAGGUUUAAUAUUUUAAGGAAAUGUAUGAUAUUUAUAGGUGCUAUACCAUUGUUAUUAAAUUAGAUAUAUUAUACGAUCUCUGUAGAUAGAUAAUAGGUAGAUAGACGGAAAGGAGGUGAAUAAUUUAAAAGAAAAGAGG